AUGCGCGCUUUUGGUGAGAAUGAACCGAACCAGUGGACAUCGGCUGGGUUGGCAGACCUGUUAUUUGAAGUGCUACCGCAUACUCCUGAAAUUGUGUCUAUCUACAUCGCUGGUUUGGUCAAGUUUGCCACUCGCGAAAGCGUAGAUAGAGCAAGGGAACUGCACAAGGAGUUCUCGUCAACUGGAGUUCUGUGUCGCGAAGCAUACGACGCUCUGAUAUAUAUUGCGAAUUUCAACGAUGCAAAGGCUCUAAUGAAGGAGAUGGUCGAGAAGAAAGUGAAACCUGCCAUCAAUACGUUUAAUGCUCUGCUCCUAUCAACUACUCAUAUGAACAGUCUGCCUGAGCGUUUGUCUGCGUUCGAGAGUACUGUUGGCGAAAUGCUCAGUGUUGGGAUUCAGCCAUCGCUUGAAACCUACCGAAUUAUUUUGAACAGCAUAGGGGAGUCUAUUCCGAAUAGUGACUCGAAGGAUGCUGAAAAGAAGGCCGACGCAAUCAUGAGUGUAGGGAUUUCAUGGCUCUCUGAAAUGCUAUCCGAUUUGGAAACUCGAUCUUCACUUGAGCUGUGUUCUGCUAAAGACCAUUUGUUUUUCUUGGAUGCUAUGGGAAUCGCUUACCAGGCUGGAAAUAUGGAAAUAGCCGAGCGCUUGGUGAAGCUGUACGAAAAUCCUACGAAUAUGAUUCUAACAACCGCUACCUUCUCCUAUUCAUUGAGCGGACACAACUAUCCUUGGAAAAUGCGAAAGAAAUACAAGGAACUUGUUCCACGCCUUGUUGGUGUUUCCCGACAGCUUACUUUAGCAGUAGCUGAGAAGCUUAAGAAUUCACCGCGAUGGACCCUGUUGCAUCGGGUAAUUGAGGAUGGUAUUUGUGCUCGCCAAAUGGUCGACUUUCGUGUGGCACCAACUUUUAGAAACCUUUUAAUUGAUGUUCACUACCAGGCACUCUCAGUGGAACAUCGCGAGCAAUAUGCGAAUCUCAUUCGUCGUAUGGUUGACAUUUGGGUAGAAUUCAGUCGUUUCACGGAUGAGAGGCAAAAAAGGCUGCAGUUCAAGCUGUCACCCAGUAACAUUUCUGAAUGUGCACUUCUUCUUAAUCGGGUGGGUGAUUCACAACGAGCGUAUCAACUUCUUGGUAUGCUUCUAGAUCCAGAGGCUUCGGAAGGAGAAGAAGCCACGGUUUUGAACACAGGUUAUGUCAGACAUAGUGCAAUGCUAGAGUUAUUUGAGGACGCAUUGAGAGAAAGAGAUCCGUAUAAAGCUGCAACUUGUGUGGAGAUUAUGAGCUACAGCUUACCCAGAAAUAAAUUAGAGCCCUUGGUACAACGAAUACAUGACAGAUGUAAUUUGACGCCAGAUCAGCAUAGAAUAUUGAGUGGAUUCGUACGGUUACGACCUCAAUAA